GCCCGACCCACUCGAGUGCGAGCGGACCAUUGAUAAAAGUGCAGCAAAAAGCAGCUUGCAGGAAGAAGAGGGCGGGCUGGACCAAAGCAGCGUUGUGGACUCGUGCACACCCGGGAGGAGACUAUGAGAGAGCUGCUGGUCGGACUCCUUUUUAUUGAAGCCAUCCCGCUUUAAGAGGCAAAUACUAAAAAAACAAAAAAACAAAAACAAAAACACAAAAACAAAAACAAAAAAACUUUUAACUUGUUUGUUUUUUUGGUUUGCAUCUUUUUUUGGGCGUGCGGCUCGACCGGUAAACGUUGGAUCCGUCAACCUACUGCGACUCUCCGGUGUACAGCCCGGACCUGUGCCCCAACAUGAUCGCCACCCAGGCCAAGCUGGUGUACCAGCUCAACAAGUACUACAACGAGCGCUGCCAGGCGCGCAAAGCUGCCAUCGCCAAGACCAUCCGGGAGGUGUGCAAGGUGGUGUCGGACGUGCUGAAGGAGGUGGAGGUGCAGGAGCCGCGCUUCAUCAGCUCCCUGAGCGAGAUCGACGCUCGCUACGAGGGCAUGGAGGUCAUCUCGCCCAACGAGUUCGAGGUGGUGCUGUACCUCAACCAGAUGGGCGUCUUCAACUUCGUGGACGACGGCUCGCUGCCGGGCUGCGCCGUGCUCAAGCUGAGCGACGGCCGCAAGAGGAGCAUGUCUCUCUGGGUGGAGUUCAUCACCGCCUCGGGCUACCUGUCCGCCCGCAAGAUCCGCUCCCGUUUUCAGACGCUGGUCGCCCAGGCUGUGGACAAGUGCAGCUACCGCGACGUGGUGAAGAUGGUGGCGGACACCAGCGAGGUGAAGCUGCGCAUCCGGGAGCGCUACGUGGUGCAGAUCACUCCCGCCUUCAAGUGCACCGGCAUCUGGCCCAGGAGCGCGGCGCAGUGGCCCAUGCCGCACAUCCCCUGGCCAGGCCCCAACCGUGUAGCCGAGGUGAAGGCGGAGGGCUUCAACCUGCUCUCCAAGGAGUGCUAUUCGCUGACGGGCAAGCAGAGCUCCGCCGAGAGCGACGCCUGGGUGCUGCAGUUCAGCGAGGCCGAGAACCGGCUGCUCAUGGCCGGCUGCAGGAAGAAGUGCCUCUCGGUGCUCAAGACCCUGCGGGACCGCCACCUGGAGCUCCCGGGCCAGCCGCUCAACAACUACCACAUGAAGACCCUGCUGCUGUACGAGUGCGAGAAGCACCCCCGGGAGACCGACUGGGACGAGGCCUGCCUGGGGGACCGCCUCAACGGCAUCCUGCUGCAGCUCAUCUCCUGCCUGCAGUGUCGCCGCUGCCCGCACUACUUUUUGCCCAACUUGGACCUCUUUCAGGGAAAGCCCCACUCGGCCCUGGAGGCGGCCGCCAAGCAGACGUGGAGACUAGCGAGGGAGAUCCUCACCAACGCCAAAAGCUUGGACAAAUUAUAAAAGCAAGCCGGACAAAGCGGUGGACUCUCCGAGCAAUGUGAACGAAGAAAAAGAAAACGAAAAAGAAGCAGCAGCGGCUUUUCUUUGCAAGCGGCAGCAAGGAGCACAGAGAAAAAACCCGCCAGGUACAUUUUCCAUGUCCUACAACUUUAAACCAAGACACUUUUAUUUAAAAACGCAAGCGUGCCAACUUGAUGAUUUUUCAUUUUUCAUGACGUGACUUGAAGGAAUACAAAUAAAAUGUUGCAAGUCACAUUUAGGCCUCGUCUUUCAAUCAGCCACACUUCAUAUUUUCAUUUCCAUUUGGGCAAUUCAGUCAAUUCUUCCGUUUCUAAAAGGUACUCAUUUACAAAAAAAUCAGCAUUUGAAUAGAAAACGUCACUGCUGGAGUUUGCUUUGUUAAAAAUAAUUGCGUUUAUUUAAAUGCCUUACUGUUCAAAAUGAUUGCACUAAAUUAUUUCAUAUGGUUAUAAUUGAGCUCUUUUACCUUUAGAAUGUAUUUAAAAAUGUGUCAUUUUAUUACAACACAACUACUAGUGAUUUUCUUUAUUUUAAAUUAGUCACAUCCGUUUUUAAAGAAAGUAUUUCUUUAUUUUCAGCUGCGCAUCAACGCCUAAUUAAGCGCAUCACCUUUACAUCGCUCAUUCUUGCAGGCAGGAAAAGGCGCGUGUCUUUUUACUCUUCCUUAUUUUACACGCGCAGCUCGGCUGCAAGGCAAAAAGCACAAAUAGAAAGACGCGGCAGAGCAACGCACGAGGCCGUGCUGAUCAACAGCACGUGGUUACCUUGGGGUCCACGGCCUUGUAGCCGGGCUCGUCCUCGUCCACCUCGAAGUAGAACUCGGAGGCGGUGAUGGACAGGGUUCCUCUCACCACCACGGCCGGAGCCACCAGCUGGGCCCCGGUGCUCAGGUUGACCGGGCCUGGGGGGCGCGCGCACACACACACACACACACACACAUAUAAAUAUAAAUAUAUAUAUAUUUAUAUUUACAUUUUUAAUGGCAUACACACACAGAGAAAGCUUUAAUUUAAUCCAUCGGGGCCAAGAUGCAGCUCUGAAAUAUUUUUAAAAAGAGCAUCAUUUAUUGGAAGCAGAUGACAAAAAAGAGGAGAUAAAAUGUAAUUCGUCCGAGAGGGAAAUGAAACAAUUGACUGGCAGAGGCUAAUUCUUGCUCUGUUUGGAAUGAAAAGAAUCCGGUGAACGGGAGCUUCAAUGCGAUAUUUGAAACACACACACUUGGUCAGGAGAAGAAAGUGCAAGGUUAAUCCAGCAUCCAUGGUCAUCUGUAGGAGCGUGACACACACACACACACACACACACACACACACACACACACACACACUUAGAGGGAAAAAGGCCUGAUAAGAGGAGUGCGUGUUGGGUGUACAACAGAGCAUGUUGUCUGCGUGUUCAAGGAUGUCGUAAUCCCAUUGCCGUACAUUUUAGGAGACAUUUGCUCCACUCCACAUGCGGAUUACACCAUGCAACGGGAUUAGGACCAGAAUAUUUCAUGAACUGCAUUUUGGUAGUGAACGGCACAAUGUGGAGUCUUUUUUUAAUUUUUAUCAUUGCAACUGAGGAUGGACGUGGUGAGUAUGAGGGGACGCUUCAUUAGGUACACCACCCUCACACUGUCCUGAUGCGACAAAGCAAAAUAUUAGAAAGAGCUGGGCGUCACAAGGCAGUAGCACAAAAAAGAAGCUGGAACGAAGAACCCCAACGUGCAGCCUCCAUACGCUACGUGUUUGUAAAAGGCGCCCCAGUCAUGUAGCGACCAGCAAAGCAUUGGGAAAAGUGUGAGCGUGAUGCAGUCCAAGUGUCACAAUAAGAAGAGGAAAUAAUACCAAUUUAUUAUCCACCUUGACUACAGCCCCGUUUCUUAUUUUUCUAAAGUGGCAGG